CCUUCCUGCUCUCCUUCCCUCCCCGCUCUGCACAUGGUUUGUGGGAGAUGCAAAUGCUGCAGGCGGGCGAGAGCUCCUCGAUUAUGCUGUGAGGAAAGGCACGCCUGUGUCUGAGCACCCGUCUGGCGUGGCACUGAUGAAUGGCAGCGGCCCACAUGACAGCCUAAAGGGUGAAAAGGAUGCCAGGCAGAAUGGCCACGAGGAGGCUGACCCAGGAGAAGAUGGGAACGACCAGGAGGUCAUCGUCAUACAGGAUACGGGAUUUACUGUCAAGAUCUGUGCWCCAGGGAUAGAGCCCUUUUCCCUGCAGGUUUCUCCUCAAGAGAUGGUGCAAGAAAUCCAUCAGGUUUUGAUGGAUCGGGAGGAUACCUGCCAUCGGACCUGCUUCUCCCUGCAGCUGGAUGGCAACGUCCUGGAUAACUUUGCUGAGCUGAAGACCAUUGAAGGGCUGCAGGAGGGCUCGCUGCUCAAAGUGGUGGAAGAGCCGUACACAGUGCGAGAAGCCAGGAUCCACGUGCGCCACAUUCGGGACCUGCUGAAGAGUCUGGACCCAUCAGAUGCCUUCAAUGGUGUGGACUGUAAYUCCCUGUCCUUCCUGAGUGUCUUCACUGAAGGAGACCUGGGAGACAGUGGAAAACGGAAGAAGAAAGGUACAGAAAUGGAACAAAUUGACUGCACCCCUCCUGAACAUAUCCUGCCAGGUAGCAAAGAGAGGCCCCUGUGUGCCCUUCAGCCCCAGAACAGAGACUGGAAGCCUUUGCAGUGCCUAAAGGUGUUGACAAUGAGUGGCUGGAACCCUCCCCCCGGUAACCGGAAAAUGCACGGGGAUCUGAUGUAUUUGUACGUGAUCACGGUGGAGGAUCGGCACGUCAGCAUCACCGCCUCCACCCGCGGCUUUUACUUGAACCAGUGAGUACCUGAGAUUCCCUGAGAUCCC